CCCAAUACGACAGCACAAAUUACCGGAGCAGUUUAGCGUGACAUGAACUGCUAGUCUCUCUCUUCCUCGACUGCGAGCGGCCUAUCGUUUCCUCUGCUUUUUCUGGUUCUCUACACCACUGGUUUAUAAAAAUGGGGCCUAGAUGGAAAGGGAAGACUGCAGAAGCCAAAGCUCUUACAGAUCCCAUGUCAAAGAUAGUAUCAGAACUUCAAUGUUCUCUAAUCAAAGUAGAUGCUUGUGGCUUGCUCUCAGGGUGCAGUGUCCUCCUUGCCGUGGAAGUGGAACAAACUGAUCUUCUUAAUCGUUCAUGUUUUGGCCGACCCCUUCUUACCACUGAGAAGGAUAAGCAGUGGUUUCAGCUGAAUCUGGAGGAGGCUUUUUACUUAUGCUAUUCUCUCAAAUGCCUUAAAAUUGUUGAUGGGGAUAAUUGUCCAAAGACUGAUCAAGAUUUGUGGGAAUACAUGAAAGCCAUAAAAGUAACAUUCCCUUACUUUUACAAGGCUUAUUCUCAUUUAAGAAAGAAAUGUUGGGUGGUCAGAACAGGAUCCCAAUAUGGUGUGGAUUUUGUUGCCUACCGUCACCAUCCAGCAUUGGUCCACUCGGAAUAUGCAGUUCUUGUUUUAUCAGAAGUAGAUAAUUGUGUGAAUGGGAGAUUGCGUGCAUGGUCUGAUUACCAUUGCACAAUUCGCCUAUGUGGGAGUGUUGCGAAAACAUUGUUAGUUCUCAACAUCAAUACAAAUGAUAAUGAUGCUUUUUAUCCAUCAUGCUUGGAGGCAUACACCGUUGAAGAGCGCACAAUCACAAGAUGGAGCCCAGAACAAUGCCGUGAGGAUCAUCAGACUGUCAUUGCAAACGGAACCAAGGAAAAGUUGGUGUUGGCUCUGGAGUUCUAGUGAAUUGAUACGCAUUUGAAACUAAUUCUUGAGCGAAAAUUGAGUGUAUGUGUCAGUGUAAAUCAGAAUUACUUACAGAUAUGUUUCCUGAAGUUCUACAUUGGUUGAGGUCCUGUUAAACUUCCUUUCAUCUGUUCAUAGAUUUUUUAUAGCUUUACACAGUGCAUAACUACUCACAUCAUCAUCAUCGUCGAAGCGUUAGGAACUUCAGAUUACAACAGCAGAUUUUAUUCUAGAAUAAAUGAUUCAUCCUGCAAACUCUUAAUACAUUUAUAUGUAUAAGUUCAGCUAUCUAUUACAAAAGCAGCAUAAGAUAGAAAAUCAAAAAAACAUAAGAUACAAUCUUUUAGCAAACCAAAUUGCAUAGCCUCGAUUUUUUGAAGAUCUAGAUUAAAGCUGGAAA